AUGGAACGUCUAAGCCAACGUACGAAAUUUGUGAAGUCGUUAGGCAAAGGUUCGUUUGGUUCCGUCAAUCUCAUCAAGUUCACUAAACCCGACGGCUCGAAGCCAUACUACCACGCCGUGAAAAGCUCAAACGCACAAGACUUCGAAUCUCUCUACAACGAGUUUCAGAUUCUGUCUAAACUUAGAGAUUGUCCGAGAAUUGUGCAAACAUAUGGUACAUCUCUCGAGAGAGGUGUGAAUGAUAACGGAACAAGAGUUUAUAACAUGUCGAUGGAGUACGCAGCUGGCGGAAGUUUAACUUCGUUCAUGGAAACAAGGUCGUUGACGGAUACGAUGAUCAGAGACUUCACUUGUAUGAUUCUUGAAGGACUUGUCUCUGUUCAUGAUCACGGAUACGUCCACUGCGAUCUCAAACCGGACAAUCUUCUCUUGUUUCCACGUGAUGAUGUUGGUGUAACGAAAGAAGUUUCGUAUGAGUUGAAGCUUUCAGACUUUGGGAUGUCGACAGAAGCUGGAGAGGAGUCGGUGUUUUGGGAGUUUGAUUCUCCAUACUUGGGAACGCCUCUUUACAUGUCUCCUGAGUCUGUUCACUACGGCGUCGCGGAGAAGUCGUUAGACUUGUGGUCGCUAGGUUGUGUUGUGUUGGAGAUGUACACAGGAAAGUCUCCGUGGCCGUUCCAGGACUCGGACGAGCUUUUGCGUCAUUUAUUGGAUGAGAAAGCGCCAGAGAUUCCAGAGUCUCUUCCUUGGGAGGCAAGGCAGUUUCUGCAAACGUGUUUCGCAAGAGAUCCUGUGGAGAGGGGAAGUGCUUCGGAGCUGUUGAAGCAUCCGUUUCUUCUUCCGGAAGUUUCUGAUGAGAAGAGAGUGAUGGUUACAGGCGCCGGAAGUAGGAUAAAGUCGGUGGCUGUAAUGAAGUCUAGGGUUAUAAUGAAGAAGCCAAUAAGAGUGAAAAUUCUUCCACCAAAGACGCCACGGUUUAAGAAAGUUUUGAAUAGACCCUUAAGGCUGAAGACUAUACCUCCAAAACCCCCAGGAUUCAAUCUCGUGUUUGUUCAGUCGUUUUGUCUCAGUGUAUCAGUGUGUUCUGUCGCUUUGUUACUUGGUGGUAGAUGGUGUAGAGCAAAUUAAUACACAGUUGUGAGGAUUGUACAGAGGAAACAUCAAGGAGCAGUGGUUUAGUUCCUGUGUCAACAUUGUCACUUGAUAGAACCAUCUCGUAACUUUUGUUUUGUUUUGUUCAUCUCUUUGAAAUCUGUCUGUUUGUACUUGUAUAGAUUCUAUACGUAACUUUGUAACAACACUUGGAGAAUUUAUGUUAAUUGAUUUUUUCUCUUUUCAUUGUCUUUGUGUCAAACAAGAUAACAAACAAGUCUAGCUAAAAAGUGUGUCCAUGUCUCCAAAGCUGAAUUAAAGAAGCAGCUGUUCUAUGAAUAGCUCUAAGGAUGUGUGGAUGUUCUUCCUAGAAACAGCGUUCAAUGAUGUUGCAAUUAUCUACAACCACUUCUCCUUCCCGUUUCAACUUCUUCCCUGAAACUACUCCGUUCUUGACUGCUACAGCUUCCUGAAAAUGAAUAUAUUCAUACAUAUGUUUAACAGAUAAACUACAAAAUGCUCUGCAGUAGAUAACAUAUUUCAAACCAUUCAUAUAUAUGCAUGAAUCCUGAUAAUAACCGAGAAGCAAACAUUCAGGUUUGGUC